GAAAAAGGACGGCCGAAGAUGAUACGCCUCCCAAAAAACAAAAAUUGGACCCUACCGCAUCAGCUGCCGCUUCAAUUUCCAAAGCUGAUAACGAGAUUCAAAAUGCACUGAAUGAAUCUAAUCUUGAACUAUCGGAACAUGAGGCCACUGACACGUCAAAAGAUCGACUGGAAUAA